UGUAUUUAUUUGCUAGAAUCUGUGCGCACCGGAACAGCUUACCAGCUGAAAGUGGAAUUUCUCUCAAAGCCAGAUCCGUUCAGCCUCCGUUAUCCUCGUUUUGAAUUUUUUGUUCUCAACCCGCUCAAAGAAACAUGAAGAGCUUUUUGUUGUUGUUGGUGUGCUUUGCGGCGCUGGCGGUGGCCGAUGUGAAGCAUCUGACGGACCGGAAUCUGGAUCUGUUUAAGUACGAUCCCAGCGAUAUCUACACCCUGCCGGAGGACAUUGACGACGACAAGCCGGCGGUGCACUUCAGCGGCGAUGUGAUGAAGGCCAAGACCGAGAAGCUGCAGAACUACAAUUCCGGCAAGAAGUUCAAGUUGGAACUGAAGACGCAGAACGGCAUUGAGGUGAGCAGCGUUGGAAAACUGAAGGACGACAAGACCUUUGUGGUCAGUGGAUCGUACUCCUUCACCGGCGCCGAUGGCAAGCGCUACAAGACCCGCUACACGGCCGACGAGUUCGGCUACCAUCCCAUCACCGAACUGGAUCUGGACAUUCCCGAGCCCCAGCCCCUGGUCGCAGCUGGCCAGAGGCCCGCCGUGGAUGCCAGCAGCCUGUUGGGCAACAAGAACCGCUUCCAGUUCCUCCAGCAGAGCCUCAACCCUGAGCAGGCCGGUCCCCUGCGCGGCAGCGGCCAGAGCGGCGACGACUACAGCUACACGCCCCAGAAGGAUGGGGCCAACGGCCAGCUCUUCAGCUCCCCCAACCUCGGUGGCCAGCAGACGCAGUCCAGCGACUACUACGGCAAUGCUAAUGGAGCCUUCGGCAAUGGCAAUGGCAAUGGGAAUGGUUUCGGCAAUGGAUUUGGCAACGGAAAUGGAUUUGGAAAUGGAAACGUCAAUGGAUUCGGCAACGUGAAUGAGUAUGGCAACGGCUAUGAUUACCAGGCACCCAAAGUGCCGUUGGUGACGCCAUCGCGCCAGUACUUGCCCGUAGCAUAGGUAUCCACCCGAAUCCCCCUACCCAGUCCAUUCUCUUCCCAGUCCCAGUCCCGCUCCCCUGCGCCCCUGCUUACAGCUGCAAGUAUUUAGGUUUAAGUGCAACUCCAACAGGAACCACACAUCCAACAACAACCAGAGUAAAAAGAUAGUGAAAUUUUGUUUUUGUUUGUAUCAUUUUUUAGUGUUAUAUACAAUGCACAAUAUUGUAUGAUAUUAUACCUCUAUAUAUAUAUAUUGAUAUAUAGUAUAAUAUGUAUAUCUACACCACACACGCACACACACAAGCACACAACAACACACACACACACGCACACACAAGCACACAAAAAACACAAACACAAACACACCAACCCCGACAAAAGACAAGAAACGAAUCUAUGUAUAUACACUGAGUGAUAUUAGUAGUAAAUAAAAUGGCUAAACUAA